CUCUCUUUGCAAAUAAUGGAUGCCCUAGGCUCAGUUUUGGAUACAUUGAGAGAGUUCGCUGAGGACAACAUACGCCUCGUCAAGAGGUGCCAUAAACUCGAUUGCAAAGUUUUCACCAAGGUAGCAUUCCGUGCAACUAUCGAAUUCAUCGUGAUGGGAUUCAUUGGAUUCUUCGUGAAGCUAAUAUUUAUUCCAAUUAACAACAUCACUGUUGGAUCUGGUUAA